GGUCUGGUUGGCGAGGAGCACGAGGAGUUGGGCGUGGGGCUGGCGGGGAGCGGAGUCGGAGUCUUACUCAGGUGGCUCCAGGGCUCAGGGUAGCCGUGUCAGACCUGACCAGGUCCAGAGCGCUCCUUCCUGACCCCAACAGCCUCCGGUCGGGUCUGGCGCGCGCUCGCUUUCCCAGAGGGCGACCCGGGCUAUGGCGGCCGCGGCCCUGGCGAGCAGGACACGCCUCGGCCCUGACCUUGAGCUGCUGCCGGGACAGCCGGCGCCGCCCCGGGCGCGCCCGGAGUCAGUGACCUUCGAGGAUGUGGCCGUCUACUUCUCUGAGAAUGAAUGGAUCGGCCUGGGCCCUGCUCAGAGAGCCCUGUACAGGGAUGUGAUGCUGGAGAAUUAUGGGGCUGUGGCUUCCCUGGCAGCAUUUCCGUUUCCCAAACCAGCUCUGAUUUCCCAGCUGGAGCGAGGGGAAGCACCCUGGUGCUCGGUUCCUUGGGGAGCUCUGGAUGGAGAGGACCCAAGGGGCAUCUCCUCAGAAUAUCCAUUUCUAAAACCUGCUGAGAUUUCCCAUCUUGAGCAGGUGGAAGAGCCAUUAAACCUGAAACUGCAAAAAGAGGGUCCAAGCCUAAUUUGUCCUGAGGGUGUGUUGAAGAGGAAGAAAGAAGAUUUUAUCUUGAAGGAGGAAAGUCUUGAGGAAGCACAGGACCUCAUGGUCCUAUCAAGUGGACCUUGGUGGUGUGGAUCCCGGGAAUUAUGGUUUGGGAAAACCUGUGAAGAGAAAAGCAGGGGAGAUCUCAAGCUUCCAGAUGCUACCAUAUGGAGACUGAGGAUUAAAGCCAAUACCAAAGAAGACAGUGACUAAACAGAGAGAAACUAGGUUCUUGGUGACAUCUUUUGAGCCACUAGACCAAACCUUACCUGAAGCAGACCUACCUCAGAACUUUUCAGCUGUGUGAGCCAAUAAACAUCUUCUAUCAAACGAGUUAGAGUUUUCUGUUAUUUGCAAAUUAGCCACACUAAUACCGUCUUGUGUUUGAAAUCAUUGUUUUCUCAUACAACUCCUCAGUGUCACCUUUUCCUCUUGCUUAGUAGUCUCAUAAGCUUCUCAGUUUUAUCUCAGUUGCUUGGAAAUUGAGCAUCUAAAUAGAUGGCUCUUGCUGGGUGUGGUGGCUUACACCUAUAAUCCCAUCACUUUGGGAGGCCCAGGCAGGUGGAUCACCUGAGGUUGGGAGUUCAAGACCAGCCUGACCAACAUGGAGAAACCACAUCUUUACUAAAAAUUAGCCAGGUUUGGUGGUGCAUGCCCGUAAUCCCAGCUACUCAGGAGGCUGAGGCAGGAGAAUUGCUUGAACCUGGGAGGUGGAGGUUGCAGUGAGCCAAGAUUGUGCUAUUGCACUCCAGCCUGGGCAACAAGAGCGAAACUCCAUCUCAAAAAAUAAAAAUAAAAAUUAAAUAAAUAGGUGGCUCUCAUGACCUAAGGUUAAUUUCAUGCAUACUAACUAACUGAUGCUUUAAAUCAUACCAUUAAUGCAGGAUUUUUUCCUCAGUUGAGCAAAAAUCCGGGUUCUUGUCUCAUGACCAGGAAAAAUUAGGCACAGGGACACACUGAAAAAUGAGGAGGGCAGAAUUUAUUAAGUGAAAAGGAAAACUCUCAACAAAAAGAGGGGUCCUGCAUGCAGGUUUUCUCUUCACUAAAUUGAAUUACCAGGCCACCACACAUGAGCUGAAGAGCCCAGUCUUCUACCCGUGCGUGAAUUCCUGGUGGCUCCACCCCAUUCUCCCAGUGUGCAGGCAGGCCCUUAGUCUGAGCCACUCCACAUUGAUUUAUUUCUCUUAACUGUGUAUGUGUUAAGGGAUGAAAUUUUUCGUCAUGGGCAUGUUUAGGCAAUCCCUCUGUACACAAUGACCUGGGCAGCAUUUGGCUGUCUCCUGACUCUAUCAUUCCCCCUCUAAAGAAGUACAUCUAACUUAGGAUAAGUACAUCUAUUCUUAGAAUAAGGAUAAGGAUAGUGAUCAAUCUUAAGUGCUUCCUGCUGAUGGGGGCACUGUUUUGGGAAAACAGCAGUGAGAUCUCCCUGAGGCCUAUCUAAGGGUCCCUGGUAAAAGGUAGCCAUUGUUUGAGGCUCCGAUUGCAUGAACGUUUGGAGUUCAAUGGCCUGAAGGUGAGAAGAGACAAACUAGGUUAUUAGAAGACAUAAUAAAAAUGAAACAAAGGGGAGAUGGUAAGGACAGCUAAAAAAAAAAUCCUAAAACUGUGGACACACCCAGAUAACUGGUAGCUAUAGUUAUGCCUGCUAAGAUUUGGGUGUAUGGGGCUUGGCUUUGGUUAGCUACCUUGGUCUUAUUUUCCCAAAAAAGAUACCUCCGGGUUAUGAGCACCUUACUUACUCUAAUCAUCUGGCAGGAUUUGCAGGGUAAUUGCCCAGAACUAGAAUAUUGAUUCAGAUUUUUACAUUACUCAUCCCUUUUGCUUCUCCUGAGCUGCAGCCGGAGAUUGCUGGUUGGUUCACAGGAAUAAUCAGCGUUAGUUUAAAAUGUGUGCAAAAAACUUAAAAACAACUAAUGAGUCUAGAAUCUAAAGACAAAUGUAUACAUCUUGAAACAUAGUUUCUCUCUCCAGUUCUCAUUUUUGUUAAAAAUAAAUCACAAUAGGAUGGAGUUGUUUGCAAAUUAAACUUUAG